GGUUCCUUUGACUGUUGUACCGUUUUGCCCUUUGCUUUCCCCAAGAGAGGGUCCCCAUGGUCUCUGCUCCAAUUCUGGAAACUUUCUCUUUGGGUGGGCUUAAUCACCUACUACUUCAUUAUAGAACUAUCCAGAGCCUUUCCUGAUACUGGGCACAAACGUGGGGGAAUAUGUCAGAAAACAGGAAGCCGUUGUUGGGCUUCGUGAGCAAACUCCCCAGUGGGACUGCACUUGGGAAUUCAGGCAAGACUCACUGCCCUUUGUGCAUGGGGCUUUUCAAAGCUCCCAGGCUCUUGCCUUGUUUGCACACAGUUUGCACCACGUGUCUGGAGCAGCUGGAACCCUUCUCAGUAGUGGACAUCCGAGGGGGUGACUCUGACACCAGCUCUGAGGGGUCAAUAUUCCAGGAACUCAAGCCACCCAGUCUGCAACCCCAGAUCGGCAUCCUGUGUCCGGUAUGUGAUGCUCAGGUGGACCUGCCCAUGGGUGGAGUGAAGGCUUUAACCAUAGACCACCUGGCCAUGAAUGAUGUGAUGCUGGAGAGUCUUCGUGGGGAAGGCCAGGGCCUGGUGUGUGACCUGUGCAACGACAGGGAAGUGGAGAAGAGAUGUCAGACCUGCAAAGCCAAUCUCUGCCACUUCUGCUGCCAGGCUCAUAGGCGGCAGAAGAAGACAACUUACCACACGAUGGUGGACCUGAAAGACUUGAAAGGCUACAGCAGGAUUGGGAAGCCCAUUCUGUGUCCCGAGCACCCUGCAGAGGAGCUGAGGCUGUUCUGCGAGCUCUGUGACCGGCCCGUGUGCCGGGACUGCGUGGUGGGCAACCACCGGGAGCACCCCUGUGACUUUACGAGCAAUGUCAUCCACAAGCACGGGGACUCCGUGCGGGAGCUUCUCAGAGGCACACAGCCCCACGUGGAGGCCCUGGGGGAAGCCCUGGUGCAGAUCGAAGAGAUGAACAGCACCCUCCAGGCGCGCGUGGAGGCUGUGGCGGCCGAGGUGCGAAUCUUCUCCGAGGGCUACGUCAAGGCCAUUGAGGAGCAUCGGGACAGGCUGCUGAAGCAGCUGGAAGACGUACGGGUCCAGAAGGAGAACUCUCUGCAGCUGCAGAAGGCGCAGCUGGAGCAGCUGCUGGCGGACAUGCGGACUGGGGUGGAGUUCACCGAGCACCUGCUGACCAGUGGCUCCGACUUGGAGAUCCUCAUCACCAAGGGGGUGGUGGUAGAACGACUCAGGAAGCUGAACAAAGUCGAAUAUAGCGCCCGUCCUGGAGUAAACGAUAAGAUAUGCUUCUCUCCUCAGCAGAGAGCAGGCCGGUGCCGUGGCUAUGAAGUUUAUGGGACCAUCAACACGAAAGAGGUCGAUCCAGCUAAGUGUGUCCUUCAAGGAGAAGAUCUCCACCGAGCCCGGGAGAAACAGACAGCCUCUUUCACCCUGCUUUGUAAGGAUGCAGCAGGAGAGAGCAUGGGCAGGGGAGGAGAGAAUGUGCACGUGGCCGUAGUCCCCAAAGAUAAGAAGGACAGUCCGGUCAGGACACUGGUACAAGAUAACAAGGAUGGGACAUACUGUGUCUCCUAUACCCCCAAGGAGCCUGGCGUCUAUACUGUGUUGGUCUGCGUCAAAGAGCAGCACGUGCAGGUGCUGUUCUUUGCUCUUGGUCUGCACACCGAAGGGCUCACCAUUCACCGUGACCGUGAGGAAACGGCACCGCCCACACCCAGGCGUGUUUCACUGCUGCACCUUCUGCUCCAGCGGAGGCCAGAAAACGGCUCGCUGUGCCUGUGGAGGCACCAUGCCAGGUGGGUACCUGGGCUGUGGCCACGGACACAAAGGCCACCCAGGCCGCCCGCACUGGUCAUGUUGCGGGAAGUUUGCUGAGAAGUCGGAAUGCACGUGCACAGGCGGGCAGGGCGCACCGAGGAGCCUACUCAGGACCGUGGCCCUCUGACGCGUUCGUGGCCACACAGUCAGCCUCUCACAGCUGCAGCCAGCACAACCUCAGAUGACCAGAGGACCCCAGGCCUUGAUUAGUUCUGAAGAAACAGAUCGAAUUAAAAGCAAAGUGCCUUGUCUUAUACUCUCGA